AUUGACCCGAUAUAAUGAAGGCCUUGCAAUUCGCUCUUGUAUUUUCGGCCAUUCUGGCCAUUGCCUUCGCUGCAAAUGCCAGUUGGGGAGCCAAAUUGUCCAGCAGUAAGUUGGUCAGCACUCAGAACGUGACCAUCUACAAGAAGGCCAACCAAUAUGUGAGCAGUCUCAUCAGUUUCCCACUGGCGGGCCAGAGCAACACUAAAACCAUUCGGUACAUUAGCAUAACUGAUAGGUUUACCAACAGUUCGGGACCUUACUCCACCUUGUGGUCCGGUGGACCAGGAUUCAUCAAUGCCCAGGUCAAUGUCACAAGCCAGUUUUCUCAAGGAAUCAAUGUAACUGCUCAAUUUUGGGUGGAUGCCUAAACCUACAACUUUUCCGUAUACAAAUUUUAAAAUAUUCUGUUUUGCAAUGUAUUUUAAAUGUAAUUCCGAAUUGGUAAAUAAUUAUUUUCAAAUCCCAAGUCGAUAAACUAAAAGCAACAUAAUAAAGAUGUCCUGAAAAUUGACGAUAAUGUUUAACGCAGUGGAAUUCAACUAUUAUUUAACUAUUGCUUAAAAAAACUUUCAGAAACUGAAGUCUAUAACUUAGUCAAUUUACUUUUGUAGUUUAUUUAGAUAUAUGAAAACUUCACGGGAAAACAGUUUAAAGCAGUUUUUAUUAUUAAUAUUAUUUUUAAUAUUAUUUUUAUU